UCCCAGCUUCCGGGGUAAACGGAAGACAUCAGAAAGAGCACAUCGAAUGAGAAAGACGCUAAUAAGUCAGUCCUAUUAUUUUUUCUCCAGUUUGAAAUAUUUACGUCGUAUAAAAUACAUAUUUGAUUCUUUAUUUAAGGAUAAAGUGGUCUGGAUGCGCUAGAAGCACUGUGCUGCUUCUCGUGCUAUCUUUGCUUGUUAGUUAGCUUAGCUCGCUAGUUAGCUUAGCUUGUUAGCUGCUAACAGAAGACACAGAAGUUAUCAACACAUCGCUAAGUAGAGAUCAAGUGUGAGAGUAAAGUGUUGUGAUUGUGUGAAAAUGUCUACAUUACAAAUGUUGAGAGCGUUGGUGGAUCAGCGACUAACUGCUGCCGUUGAAGAAAUAUUUGUAGUGUUAGAAAGAACGAUAGCAGAAUACCAGGCGGAACUUUCUAGAACUAAAGAGGAGAACAAUCAACUACUGGACGCUGUUUUCAAGAAACAUCAAGUUGUGUUACACAGAACAGACGUCGAAGAACAUAUUUUUCGUGAGCAGGAAGAGGAACCACAGUCCCCCCACAUUAAAGAGGAAGUUGAGACGCCACAGACCCAUAGUGUUAAACUGACCCUUCACAUUAAAGGGCAAGCGGAGGACCCACUGAACUUACACAUCAAAAAUAAAGAGGAGGACCCACUGACCCCUCACAUUAAACAGGAAGAGGAGUACCCACUGACCCCUUACUUCAAAGAGGAAGAGGAGGACCAAGAGCCGCCGCAGAUUAAAGAGGAAGAGGAGGAAAAGGGCAUCAGUCAGCCUAAAUGGUUGGAGGAGUUCCCAGUGACUGGUGUCCCUGUGAAGAGUGAAGAUGAUGAGGUGAAAGGUGAAAGUGAGGAGAGGGGAGGGGGGGAGCCUCCAAGCAGCAGCUCAACACAACACAUGACAACAGAAGCUGAUGGAGACCACUGUGGAGGAUCACAAGCAGACAAGCUCUUAGCUCCACUAUCAGAUAGUGAGGACACAACGUCACACUCUCCUGACACUGAUGAUGAAGACUCUAAAGAUGAUAAGACAUGUCACACUGACAACACUCACUUCACAUCUUCUCACUGUCACAAAACCUUUAAAUACCAUUGUAGUCUGAAAGUACACAUGAGAACACACACUGGAGAAAAACCUUUUUCUUGUUCACUCUGUAGUAAAGGUUUUGCACAAAGUCACGAUUUGAAAAGACACAUGAGAACACACACUGGAGAAAAACCUUUUUCUUGUUCAAUAUGUGGUAAAGGUUUUACACAACGUCAAAAUUUGAAAGUACACAUGAGAACACACUGGUGAAAAAAACGUUUCUUGUUCAAUCUGUGGUAAAGGUUUUGCACAAAGUAAUAAUUUGAAAAGACACAAGAGAACACACACUGGAGAAAAACCUUUUUCCUGUUCGACCUGUGGUAAAGGUUUUACAAGAAGUACAUAUGCGAAAGUACACACGAGAACACACACUGGUGAAAAAUCACAUUCCUGUUCAAUCUGCAACAGAAGCUUUUGUUGACGAUCAACCCUUGUAGCACACAUGAGAAGACACCCAGGAGAGAAAGUGUUGAGUUGCAGUGUGUGUGGUGAAAGAUUGUCUUCUAAGUAGCAGUGUAAGAAACACAAGUGUGCUGGUGAGAACAGCAGCAGCAAAUGAAACUGCAGGAUUUGAAAUAAACUGUCAAGACUUUCAUUUUGACUUUCUAACAACAUCAGCACAUAUAACAUGUGUGACAUUGUUGUUUGUCUAACAAUCUGUUUAAUAUGCUUCUACAUUUAUAGAUUAGACACUUCAGAUUAGUGCUUUUAUUACAGUCAAGUACAUGAGUUAAUAUACACAUUUGUGUACUUUGAAAUGAACAGAUUUUUGACUGAAAAGGUGAGAAUAAAUAGUAUAUAAAAUAUGUUACUUACAGUAAACAUUUUAAGUGUAGAUAUCCAUAAUUUACUUUUAUACUUAUUCAUAAUAGUGUUUCAUAUGUUUUUUGUAAUAAUGAAGAGUUGCAUAUUUUAUUUUCUAAUUGUAGAUGAUUCCAUAGAUGAACUCUUAUAUAUGAUGUACAUAUUUGUUUUACAUGUGUUCAUACCUUUGCUUUUGAGUACACAUAAAUCCCUCUUAGUUCAUAUUUACUGGUUCACAUCUGAAACAUCUUCUGGACCACUUCUGGAAGCAUAUUAUCAUUUACUUUAUACAUCAUUGGUGCAGGGAACGGUGCUGGCCCCUCUUCUCUUCACCCUGUACACCGCUGACUUCUGCUACAACUCAGAGCUGUGUCACAUCUAGAAGUACGCGGAUGACACAGCCAUCGUCGGGUGCAUCAGGGACGGCAGAGAGGAGGAGUUUCGGAACCUGGUGAGGGACUUUGUUGUCUGGUGCCACACGAACGUCUUGCAGCUCAAUCCGUCAAAGACCAAGGAGCUGGUCAUUGACUUUGGGAGGUCGAGUCCACGGUCACAACCUAUUGUGAUCGAGGGAGUUGAGGUACAGACCGUGGACUCAUUCAAGUACCUCGGGGUUUGGGUGGACAAUAAGCUGGACUGGACUGUUAACACGGACCACCAGUACAAGAAAGGACAGAGCAGGCUGUACUUCCUCAGGAGACUGCACUCCUUCAACAUUUGUAGAAAACUCCUGUGGAUGUACUACCAGUCUGCUGUUGCCAGUGUUCUGUUCUACAUGGUAGUGUGCUGGGGGGGGCAGUACAUCUAAGAAGGACAGCUCCAGACUUGAGAAACUGAUCAGGCGGGCCGGUUCUACGAUCGGAAUGAAAGUGGACUCACUGGUGAGGGUGGCAGAGAAGAGGACUGUGGACAAACUAGUGAGCAUCCUGGAUGAUGCCAGUCACCCUCUGCAUAGUGUUAUCAGCAGCCAGAGGAGCCUGUUCAGUUCUAGACUGCUUCAUCCCAAGUGCAGGACUAAUAGACUCAAAAACUCCUUUGUCCCACACGCCAUUAGACUGUACAACUCCUCUCUGGGGCGGGGGGCGGGGGGUAUUAGGAUGACAGGGGAUGCAAAACAAUAACAGUGCAAUACAUUUUCAUAACAUGGUCACUACUGCCUACUUUGUCUUGUUAUAUUCUUAUUUUACUGUUAUAUUGUUGUUCCCAUUGUUUUUAUUCUUUUUGUAAUAUUUCUCUAUUUUGUUUCCUUUUAAACCCCCAUUAUUUACUUUUUACUUUCUUUUUUUUUUUUUAAAUUGAUCUCAACUCUGUACACUGCUGCUGGAAUUUUUAAUUUUCCUGAAGGAACUCUCCUGAAGGAAUCAAUAAAGUACUAUCUAUCUAUCUAUCCAUCUAUCUAUCUAUCUAUCUAUCUAUCUAUCUAUCUAUCUAUCUAUCUAUCUAUCUAUCUAUCUAUCUAUCUAUCUAUCAUUUGAACAAUUGUUUUUUUAUACAAGAUCAUUUACUUUUAAAAUGUGUGACUUUAUGAAUCAUUUGUUGGGUCUCUAUAAUCCAUUCUAUUAAUUGUCCUUUUUACUUUCUUGUGUAAUAUGAAUAUUGUUUUGUGAUUGUUUUAU